AUGUCAUUGAACACAGAAACAUCAAAUUCUAAUACACGCGGUCGUUCGUAUCGUCCCAGGAGGGGAGGUAGUGGUCACGCAAGGGGCCGAGGUCAAGCUAGGCAUUAUCCGAGCGUGAGCGAGGAGGUUGGGGAUGGGCAUUCUGCCACUUUUGCUGGAGGAAAGAGGGGUUUCACAACAACUGCCACUGUCACUGCUGCCGCCGCCGCUGCCGUCAGGUCAGUGGCGGCCAAAACAACAAAACCUCCAGUAGAAGCAAGGUCGGCGACCCCGACAACAAAUAACCGGCAUUUCUCUGAAAGACGGUUUGCAGAUGCUCCAAUCUCAAGCGCAUCUAAAGCUGGCAUAAAACACGAGUUCAUGUCUGAUGUACAAGCUGCCACCCUUGAUGUUGCUAUGGAGGGACAUGAUUUACUAGUUCAGGCCAGGACAGGGACCGGAAAAACUGUUGCUUUUUUGCUUCCAUCCAUUGAACGUCUCAUCAAAAUGCCAAAAACAGAUAAAAUAUCCAUGUUGGUGUUGGCACCUACUCGUGAGCUUGCUCUUCAAAUUGAGGAGGAAGCCAAAGUACUUCUAGCUCAACACCAUCUAACAGUGGGUCACGCAAUCGGAGGCACAAAUCCAACAACGGAGGCUGCCCGAAUCCUCAACCGACCUUGCGAUAUUUUAAUUGCUACUCCAGGAAGGCUCAUAGAUCACCUCCGUAGCACGACACUCAAAGAGAAGCUCACUGGUUUGAAGAUCAUGGUAUACGACGAAGCUGAUCGUUUACUUGACCAAGGCUUCCGCCCUGAUCUUGAAACGAUAGCAAAGUUCUUGCCUCCCAGACAAACGCGACAGGCAUUACUAUUUUCAGCUACUGUCAGCAAUGAGAUCAAACAGAUUGCAGCAGGUGCUCUUCGCCCUGGAUAUAAAUUCAUUUCAACUUUAUUAGAGGAUGAAGUCAACACUCAUGAACAUGUUGAACAGACUUACAUGAUAACUCCUCAAGAAAAGUUCCUGGGGACUGCUAUUGAUAUUCUGAAACAGGAUCUGAUGGCCCAUCUUUCGGCGACGAUGUCGACUUCAAAGUGCAUGGUCUUCUUCCCCACCGCCCGACACGUCUCCUUCGCCGCUGAAGUCUUCAAACACAUAGAGGGUCUUCCACCAGUUUUGGAAAUUCAUUCCAGAAAAUCCCAGCCUGCACGUAUCAGAGCAGCAGAAGAUUUCAAAAAAGCCCCAAGCGCUAUAUUACUGAGCAGCGAUGUCGCUGCACGGGGCGUCGACUUCCCAGGGGUCACUCUUGUCCUUCAGGUUGGUUUACCAAGCAGUGCUGAACAGUACGUCCAUCGACUAGGACGCACAGCUCGUGCAGGUGCAUCGGGCCGUGGUAUCUUGAUCCUCUCAUCUGAAGAACAGUCAUUUUUGAGUAAGGCCGAAGUCGCCGAGCUGGGUCUCAAGCCUUCCACGCCUCCUCCAAGUCGCACUUCCAUUUCUCAUGCAUUGGCUCAAAUUUCUCCGGAAAUCAAGUCCCAGGCCUAUCGCGCAUUCCUCGGCUUCUACAACUCUUAUACCAAGAGUCUGCGGAUGUCUAAGGAAGCUUUGGUGCAGUGGGCAAAUCACUACGCCUUCAAUUCUUUAGGGUGGCCGGCACGUGAUGGACCUCCUGGAAUCGACCCUCGCACUCUUGGCAAGAUGGGUUUGCGUGGUGUAAAGGGGGUGAAAGAAGAAAAAAAGUAA